CCCAGCCCACCACUCAGCUGUAAUCGACGGACUCGCUUGUACAGUAGCUGCAGAGUGAAUAUACCAAGAAUCUGAGAAAUUGCAAACAUGUUGGGUUGUUUCAAGAAGAAAGGGAUCGAAAUGGUUAAGCUUUUAUUUAUGCUGGCGGUAAGUACGUUUUUGUCUAUUAUUAUGUGUAAAUGAUUACAUGCCUUCUGCAUUCCCGGGAGCAAUAGCUCCCACCUAUUUUCUGAAAGCAUACAAUAGUCUACACUUUAAAUGUAUUUAAUGACCCUAUAUUGAGGAUGAGUGUUAGGUUUAUUUUGUAAAACAAAGUGAUUGACUGAAUUUGUACAUUUUGAUGCGUUUCUAACCAAAAUUGCCAAAUGCACAGAAAGUUCAUUCAACACACUUUUACUUUCGAUUUCACUUAAGAACGUAAUUGUCAUAGUUAAAGCUAUAAUACCUACAUUUCUUGUUAUUUUUCUAGCUAUAAUCUAAUUUGAAACGUUCGUGCUGCUAUGCUCAGUACUAGAAAAGUACAAGUGAAAGGUGGUCUAGUCUAGUUUAGACUCUAGAGCGUGAAUCUAGGUACUUUCCACCCCUCCUGUGGUUGCGACAUUACUUUAGGUUUCUAAGAGAUCAUCAUAGGGAUUUUUUUUUUUAUAUAUAUAUUGUGUUACAGGUUUUCCCCGUAGUUUACUCCUGUGAUCCAGUAACACAGUAUGAGAAGAAUGGGAAGUGUUGCAAUAAGUGUCCGCCAGGUAAGGAAGAUAACAUUCAUUAUUUAAUAAAGUCUAUACUCCCACUACCUCUUAACAUUUUUUUGAGUGAAACAGAGUCUGGAGUGAACCCUUGUAGGAUGUACACUUAAUUAGGCUAUAAGAGGUAUGUACAGUAUUUAUUAUGAUAAAACUAUGUUGUUUUAAUAGGCACAAGGAUGUCAUCCGACCAUAUUGGUUGUUUUGAUCCACAUUGCAUGCCCUGCCAAGAUGAUGAAUACCAGGAAGUAUUCACAGAGAAGAACAUCUGCAAAGUCCAACCAUACUGUGACCAAAGUGAGACUUGUUAUAACGUUUACAUAUUCAAGGACAUUACUGUUGAUCUGCCUCAUCUGCUUGUAAUAACACUACACUUGUAUCUCCUUCCUGCCACAGAUAAAAACUUUGAGGGCAGUACCAACAGGAACAAGACAAGCCUCAGCCAAUGCAGAUGUAAAGCAGGACACCAUUGUUCCAGUGAAGAGUGCCUGACAUGUGUACCACACACUAAAUGUGGACCAGGACAAGGGAUACUUUCCGCAGGUAGAAAACACGUCUUCAUCACACUAUCAGGAACGAUUGAAUUCUAGACUAGUGAGCCUGCUAUGUAUUCAAACAUGGACUUUUAUUACAUGGUUUGAGCUGCUAGAGUUAGGCUACCUGAAUUGUGUCAUUUAUGAGCGUGUGGUCACUAUAGCCGUAAACUGUAUAUUUUCUCAGGUGACCACAUCCAGGACACGGUGUGUCAGGCCUGUCCUCCAAACACCUUCUCCAGUGACAGCUCAGCAGAGAGCAAGUGCAAGCAAUGGAAAGUGUAAGUACUGAGUUCAAGCCUUUUACUAACAACUGUGAUGUGUUAAAUAAUAACAAUAGAUCUGUUAGUAAUAUAUAACAUGUAUGUAACAUGUAUUUUAUCAUACUGUAGAUGUAACUGUUAGCCACAAUCAAUGUAAUUAUAUUUGUUUAGUUAGUUGAACAACUGAACAAUUGCUUGAUUUAUUGCUUGAUUAUUUUUCCACAUAUUUGACCAAUGUUGUUUAUAAACUGCACUGUAAACUCAAAAUUUAAAAAAAAACAUUCCCCAUAAAAAAAAUGCAGUUGUAAAGCAGGAUUCAAAGCUGAAGCCAAUAGGACAUCCACCUCUGACACUGUCUGUGGUAAGUACAGGUUCCACAUGAUGAAUGCAACACAAAUUACCCAUACAUCACAACAUUUUCAUUCAACCAUAAUAAAUUGGUGAACUAUAAAAUGUAUUUCGUUAUUGUCAGUUGACCAUCACUUUUUCACAGUACCUCAUUCUCUUGAACUGUACAUCAUGGUUGUUGGGGACUGUUUAUCUGGGUGUUUAAACCACAUCACUGAAACCAAAACUUGUGGUAUUCUGUAGUAGGGAGGCAUACAGUAGUAGCCUGUCCUAUAUAUGUCUGUCGAAACUAGUCUAAGUGACACAUACUGUAGGCCGUAGACUAUUGUUGGUUGACAAUAGUUGGUUGAAUUGUUUGUGAUGUUCUUUUGAUUUAUUUUACAGUGCCAGUACUCCUUUCCUCUGGAGAAAUAGCAGCAAUUGUAAUUUCCCUUGGGGUUACAUUGGCCAUGGGUGGUGUGGUCAUUAUCCUGUGGAAAUGUAAAGGUAUAUAACACUCCUUUUAUGAUGUUAUUUGAGUGAAAACUUUACUUAGGAUCUUUUUAAUAAUCAUAUUUUUAUUGUGUACUAGGUAAACAUGGAGAGGCAAACAAGAAAGAUAAGGUAUGUUAUUUUUCUGACUUUUCUAUCAGCCAUGACAGUAAUACUGCUCUACUUUUGUAUUUAGACAAACUGAUGCACAUAUGGCUUACAUUGUGUCUUUCGCCAUAGGAAUCCUGUGUGGAGUGUCUAAGGUAUGAGAGGGCACCUACAGAAGACAGAAAAACAGAAGGGGGAAACGCAGAAGGACCUGAGGAGGAAAGGGAACAACUCAAACCUAUGAUCCAAGAUGGAGAGCCACUAUCACCACCAUCACCAACAUCACAACUAUCACCAACAUCACCACCAUCACCAACAUCACAAUCAUCACCAGGUACUCAAACACCAGUGGAGAAUGAUGUUAACGACUCUCAAGCCGAGUCUUCUGCCAAAGCUGAAGACAUGACAGAAAAUGGACAUGUGGUGGCGCAGGAGCAGGGUAUCUUCAUUAUGUCGCCAAGUACCACAUAA